CCGAGCCGCGCGACCACCGAACCGUCCGCAGUCAUGCCCGGGGCCCAAUCUGCCGCCCCUGACGACAACUGCCGCCCCACGCGCGUGCUUGUCGCGCUGGGGUCUGGAGCCGGCCCUGCCUCUCUUCCUUCAGUUCAAACCAAGGCUUGUAUCAAACCCCAAAUGCCGGUCUGUGUAGGGCCGGGAGGCCGAAGAUUAAGGGAGAGGGGCCCCCUCCUUUCCCCUGCCCUUACUCCCAGGAAUCCCGCACGGUGCCGCGCAUCCUCAGUACCUGCCCCAGCAGCGAACAGGAACGGCAGCAGCAGCGCUCGCUGCUGCGUACCGUUACUAAGGCCCCCUAGCAACCAAGCGUCUCCUAAAAAGCGCUCCCCCGGGUGCGUUCUUCCGGUGUCCCGCACCCCGGGCAGGCCGAGGCCGGGUCCUUUGGUUCCGGUUCCGGAGUCCGGACCUAGGCCCAGAGCUGGGAGCGCUGCCGUGCGCCAGGGCCUGUUCACAUUUGGUUUCAAUGGAAGUUGAGGGAAUUCACAGCAUUUUUGAGGAGGGACUCACCACUUUGCAGGAUUGAGUCCUAACAGUGCACUAUUCCCAGGACCCAGGGCAGAAUUUAAUACAGCAUAUGGUCUGUUUAAAGUAAAGAUGUCUUUAAAUCCAUCUACAUUUUUGAACCAAGAAAGCCAUCAGAAAUUAAAAAGAAAUUUUGAAUGUUUGAAAAAUUCACAACAACAGACUACUUCAUCGCUUCAAGAUAACCCACUUCAGAAUUUACAGUUAGCAUCCUGGGAAGUUCUUGAAAAGGCCCAAAAAAGUGGGAGAUCAAAGUGCCCAAGAUGCGGUAGUUCAAGGAUGUUUUAUUGUUAUUCAUGUUACGUUCCAGUUGAAACUGUGCCUACCAAAGAAAUUCCAGUUGUGAAGCUUCCCUUGAAGAUUGACAUAAUUAAACACCCAAAUGAAACUGACGGCAAAAGCACUGCUGUCCAUGCUAAACUCCUAGCACCUGAAGAUGUGACCAUUUAUACAUAUCCUUGCAUUCCGGACUAUGAAGAAAAAAGACAUGAAAUUGCACUUAUCUUUCCUGGUCCUAACUCAAUUUCGGUAAAAGAUAUUAUUCUCCAUCUGGAAAAAAAUGUUGAGAAAAAUGUUAGUUGUGGCAAUGAUGAUGAUUCUUCAUCAGAGCCAUUUCUCAAGAAAGCAAAAAUAGAAACAAAAGAAGAUCGAAACCUAAGUGAAUACAAAUCAAACAGCAGGAGUGAAGACACUGUACUGAAGAAAGUAAUAUUUAUUGACAGUACUUGGAAUCAAACCAACAAAAUAAUCACUGAUGAGCGACUUCAAGGGUUACUACAAAUUGAGUUGAAAACAAGGAAAACUUGCUUUUGGCGUCACCAGAAAGGAAAGCCAGAUACGUAUCUUUCUACAAUUGAAGCCAUUUAUUAUUUUCUUGUGGAUUAUCACCAGGAGGUUUUAAAAGAGAGCUACAAAGGACACUAUGACAACUUGCUUUUUUUCUUUUCAUUUAUGUACACAUUAAUAAAAAACGCCAAGAAUUCUGCAGGAAAAGAAUAAGCCAAGACAUCUAUUUGUUUGUUUGUUUUUCUUUAUCAUAAUUAAAGUGUAAUAAUAUAAUUUUUUGUCUAAAUGACAUUUGAGAGUUCAAUAAUAAAACCGUGUAUUACACUC